AUGGAUCACAUACUAUCCACCCCGUCACAUCUCCAAGAUGAAGUCCUUCGACAAAGCCUGCAGAAUCCAGAGCAAUUUUGGUCGCGCCAGGCCGAGCGCCUCUACUGGCACAAGAAACCUGAUAGCGCACUCCGGCUGGCCCAAAGAACGCUGCAAGAUGGCACUGUUCACCCAACGUGGGAAUGGUUCCCUGGCGGCGAGAUAUCAACUUGCUACAAUUGCAUCGACAGGCACGUUGCCGCGGGAAACGGCCACCAAACUGCGAUUUACGCCGACAGCCCCGUCACGAACACAAAGCAGACGUUCACAUAUAGCACACUCCUCAGGGAAGUAGAGACACUGGCCGGGGUGCUAAGGGAAGAAGGCGUCAAAAAGGGUGAUGUGGUCAUGUUAUACAUGCCCAUGAUCCCAGCCGCCUUGGUCGGGAUGCUGGCUGUCAACCGUCUUGGUGCUAUUCACUCCGUUGUAUUCGGGGGGUUUGCGUCAAAUGCUCUCGCCCAGCGGAUCGACGCUUGCAGGCCUGACGUUCUUCUUACUGCGUCGUGUGGCAUUGUCGGGAAUAGGCCGCCCAUCGCGUACCAACCACUUGUCGAAGAAGCCAUCAGACUGUCAUCUCACAAGCCGUCGCGCACUGUGGUAUGGCAGCGUGACCAACUGCGAUGGAACGCCAAGGUAGAGGCAGAGAGUCUGUGGAGGAAGUUAUGGCGCUGGAUACAACAAGUGUUCCUUCGUCGCAAGAUAGUUUGCGCAGAACAAUCGUCAUGGCAGGAUCUCGUGAGCAACGCCAAAUCGCGUGGUAUCAAAGCCGACUGCGUUCCAGUGCAGAGCAAUCAGCCAAUCUACAUUAUGCAUACGUCCGGUACGACGGGAGCGCCAAAGGGCGUGUUGCGCGAUUCAGGCGGCCACGCGGUUGGCUUACAGUUCACCAUUAAGUAUAUCUUCAACAUACACGGGCCGGGAGAUGUUUCGUUUACAGCGUCAGAUAUCGGUUGGGUGGUUGGCCACUCCUACAUCCUCUACGCGCCGUUAUUAGCUGGAGCUUCUACUGUUUUGUAUGAAGGUAAGCCCGUGGGAACGCCAGACGCGUCUGCUUUUUGGAGAAUUGUGGAGGAGUACAAGGUCAACACAAUGUUUACCGCACCGACAGCGCUCAGGGCAAUUAAACAAAACGACCAGAACAACACUAUGAUAUCUAAGAUUGGCGAGCGCGGAGGCUUACGAUCACUAAAAGCUCUAUUCCUUGCUGGCGAACGGUCAGAGCCGACUUUGAUAUCAAUGUACCAGGAGCUCCUCGACAAAUACGGCGGACCAGCCGCACAUGUCAUCGAUAACUGGUGGUCAACUGAAUCCGGAUCCCCGAUAACAGGCCGAGCGCUUACACCUAAUGUCGGGCUAGGUAGUGAGAUUGCCAAAGACCAUGCACUCCCUCAAAUCAAACCAGGAAGUGCUGGAAAGCCUAUGCCAGGCUUCGAUGUUCGUGUCGUGGAUGAGCAGGGUGAAGAUGUACCAAAAGGAUCGAUGGGCAAUCUUGUGCUGGCACUACCUCUUGCACCAACAGCGUUCCGUGCGCUGUGGGCGACUGAGGAGAGAUUUUAUAAAAGCUAUUUGAAGAGGUUCGACGGCAGGUUUCUGGAUACAGGGGAUGCGGGAUGGAUCGACAAGGAAGGCUAUGUUCAUGUGAUGGGUCGAAACGAUGAUGUAUUGAACGUCAGCGCGUAUCGUCUCUCGAGUGGAGCCAUCGAACAAGCCAUUUCAUCACAUCCACUGGUCGCAGAAUCAUGCGUAGUAAGUAUCCCAGACGAACUCAAAUCUCAACUUCCAUUCGCAUUCAUUACCCUCUCCGUGCCAAAUCACCCUGUAUCCGCCAUACCAGAUGCAUCCGUCACAAAGGAGAUUCAGUCUCUCGUACGCAGUCAAGUUGGGGCUUUCGCGUCAUUGGGAGGCAUAGUACAGGGCAAAGACAUGAUCCCGAAGACGAGGUCGGGAAAGACAUUACGACGUGUACUUCGAGAGUUGGUGGAGAAUGGGGUUUACGGGGAUUUUGAUAGGGGUGUUGAGGUACCAAGCACAGUAGAGGAUGCGGCUACAGUAGAAGUCGCGAGAGCCAAGGUUAGAGAGUAUUUUGACAAAAGCGAGCAUAAGCACAAGGCAAUUGAGGCAAGGGAGAAAUCAUGA